AUGGCCCCCACCAAAAAAUCCAAGGCUGCUAAAAACACCGAAUCCAUUGCAGCCAGGCUCGCACUUGUUGUCAAGUCCGGAAAAUACACCCUCGGAUACAAAUCUGCACUCAAGCAGAUGAGGAACGGAAAAGCCAAGCUCGUGCUGAUUGCUGGCAACUGCCCUCCACUCCGCAAGUCGGAACUUGAGUACUAUGCCAUGCUUUCAAAAACUCAAGUACACCACUUUGCUGGAACCAACGUGGCUUUGGGUACCGCUGCCGGAAAACUAUUUCGUGUUGGUGUGAUGACUGUUUCUGACCAGGGAGACUCUGAUCUUCUCAAUUUUGCUGAGGGAAACAGCUCAUAG